UCAAGGUUGACAAUGUUUGUGAGAGACCCUUGUGGAAUUGUUUGUAUUAUUGUGACUUACAUCGCGAUUUUUUAUGCUGAUUAUGUUGUUAUCAGGUGGAUUAUUCUCCAUACAAUGCAGGAUAGUUUAUGGGGCCCCUUUCAUGUGGUGUCAUUCAACACUGUUGUUCUCUUCCUGAUGAUGGCGCACAUGAAGGCGAUUUGCAGUGACCCUGGUGUGGUGCCACUACCUCAGACGAGAAUGGAUUUUUCGGAUAUUCAUACAGGUGGUUCUGGAGCAAGUGAUGACUGCGAGGAGAGAGAUGACUGGAGUGUUUGCACUAGAUGCGAGACCUACAGGCCCCCCAGGGCCCAUCAUUGCAGGAUCUGUGAGAGGUGCAUUAGGCGGAUGGAUCAUCAUUGUCCAUGGAUAAAUAAUUGCGUUGGGGAGCGAAAUCAAAAAUAUUUUAUUCAAUUCUUGGUGUAUGUUGGGGUUCUGGCGAUCUAUGCAAUAUCUUUAGUAAUUGUUUCUUGGGUCGGCGAUUGCCCCCAGUGCAGUACCGAUGUUGCUAUAAAACAGAAUCGAAUACUUCACUGUGUGAUACUGGUCCUGGAAUCAGCUCUCUUCGGCAUGUUCGUAGUGGCAAUUCUGAUCGAUCAAUUCCAAGCGAUUCUCGGUGAUGAAACUCCGAUAGAUCGUCUACAAGGAGCUCACCACCAUUACCAGCAAAAAUCGCGUCGUGCAAUAACUCUUCUCGCUCAAGUUUGCGGCAAGAGUCAUCCAGUCUUUUGGCUCCUUCCCUGUCAUAAUCCUCCACGUUAUUCAUUUCGUCGUGACGAGCGUCUGAUAGAUCAUGACGUCUAAAAAUUCGAAUAAUGAGAGGAGGAUGAGAUAGGAUGAACCUCUCUAAAUCCUCAAGUCUCAUCUCAAAGCCUAAAACAAGACCUUGAAAGUAAAACAGAAGACAAAUGUCUAAAUAUCAUCUGCCUAUCUCAAAAUAUUGAUGACUAAAAACGUCCCAUUUCACCCCAUCUCUAUUAGCAUUAAAGUUAAGAGAAAAGUAUUUUCAUUACUCAUGAUUAUAAACAAGAAUGAUUGAAUUAGGAAUUCUUCCGUCAAUUGUAAGUUUUGGGAUUUUUGAACCGUUCGAAUAGACAUAUCCUUUCAAUUGGCGUUUAGCUCUUUUACCUAUCAAUCACAUCAAUAUAUACACAUACCGUACAAUUAUUACGUGCUUUUCGAGAAUUUACAGGUCUACCAAUAAUUUCCUCUUUCACGGAAUUCUCCUCCGCCUUCUUCAAACUUAAAUAUUAAUAUAUACAGACUAUUUAUAACACCAAUAACGUGUGGAUGAACUUCCGUCAAUCGAGAAAAAUGACACAUUUACUCUAGUCUAGGUUUUGAGUUUAAAUAAUUGCAAAAUGCCUAUUUAUUGAUAAAAAUUUUUCGCCUCUUAUUGAUGGAAGUGUAUUACAAAAGCAAUAACGAAAGUGAUAAAGUUUUUAAGAUUCCUAAGGUGCAGUAUAGUAUUCCUCCUUUGUUAUUUCUACUUUAAUCUUUUUUGUAUCGAUACGACUGAUGUGUAAAAAUUAUGAGUGAUUACAAAGGCUCUUCAUUUUGUAUUGGAAGUGUUGAAUAUUUUGUACUCCCAUUGUUUAUGAAUU